UAUCACCAAAUAGAUAGUAUCCGAUCGUAGAGCAGUCCUCACUCUCGUUAACCAAGUAGCACCACGGUUUCGGAGUAGAUGUUCGCGUAAAAGACAAGUAUCCUUCCGUUAAUUUAUAGUGUAUCCCUUUAAGUAGAUUUCUUUCCAAUAAAACAAUGUCAGAUAAUAUCCAAGAUGUUAUAUCGCAUCUGCAACGGUUCUCGUGGCCUGACUAUCUCGUAUUCGUAUCUAUGCUUCUACUAUGCAUUUUUAUCGGUAUCUAUUUCGGAUUUAUGCAAAAAACCAUUUCCGAAUCGGAUUACUUAAUGGGCGGUCGAAAUAUGAUGGUGUUUCCGAUCGCGUUGUCCCUGGUGGCUAGUUUCAUAUCCGGAAUAACGCUGCUUGGAUUACCCACUGAAGUUUACUCGUAUGGAAUACAAUAUGUUUAUGUUUCGGGUGGUGUUAUCCUGAUGGGAUUUGUGAUGGGUUUGGUCUACCUCCCAGUCUUCCAUGAUCUGUGUAUUACUUCGACGUAUGAGUAUUUAGAAAAUAGGUUUGAUCGAAGGUUACGUAUGUUUGGUUCAAUCAUGUUCGUUAUAAUGAAUGUAGGAUAUCUGCCAAUUGUUAUCUAUGUACCGGCAUUAGCUUUUAAUCAAGUUACUGGAAUGAACAUUCAUGUGAUCACUCCAAUCGUAUGCAUAGUUUGUGUAUUUUAUACAUGCGUGGGUGGCUUAAAAGCCGUCGUAUGGACCGAUGUCGUACAAACGUUUUCCAUGUUCGGAGCCUUAGUGCUGGUUGCAAUUAAGGGAAGCAUCAAUUUGGGUGGCCCAAGAGUAGUCUUCGAAGAUGCUUGGAAUACCGACCGUAUAGAAGGACCAGAGUUUGAUAUAAAUCCUACAAUUCGACAUACGAUCUGGUCCCAAGUAAUUGGCGGUUUCUUUUAUUGGCUACAAACAAAUGCUGUGAGUCAAAAUAUGAUUCAGCGGUAUUUAGCGCUGCCUACACUCAGGGCUGGGAGACAAGCUCUAUGGAUAUUUGUUUUGGGUGUUAUCGUUCUUAUGUUUCUUUGCAGUUACAAUGGAUUGCUUAUUUAUGCUACUUAUAAGCAUUGCGAUCCACUAACCACAAAGCUUGCCAAGGCACGGGAUCAAUUGCUACCUCUUUUCGUAAUGGAUAUUCUUAAAGACUUACCUGGCCUCUCCGGGCUAUUCAUCGCGGGAGUCUUCAGUGCAGCAUUAAGUUCGCUAUCGACAUGUCUUAACUCAAUGUCAGCCGUCGUUCUGGAAGAUUUCUUCAAACCAUUCACUAAAAAACCUCUGAGCACACGAGCCGUCGAUUGGAUCAUGAGAACCGUCGUAGUCGGUGUAGGUGUACUAUGCGUGGCACUCGUUUAUGUUGUCGAAAAAAUGGGGACCGUACUUCAGUUAACGAUGAGUCUGGAAGCAAUAACAAAUGGACCACUUCUAGGGAUUUUCUCAAUAGGUAUUCUCUUACCUUGGAUCAAUGGUAAUGCCGCUUUGUGUGGAGGCGUGGUCGGAGUUUUCGUCAUGUCUUGGAUCAGUUUGCAUGCGCAGUGGGCAAUCGCAUCGGGCUCGUUGAAAUUCGAACAUAAACUGACAUCUAUUGACCAAUGUGAUUAUCAGUUUGAGAAUCCUUUAAUUGCUGCAAGUAAUACUACAUCGAGUGAGACGCACGAAAGUGCCUUUGGAUUGUAUCGAAUAUCGUACAUGUGGUACACAUUCGUUGGGGCAUUUGUGACAGUGGCCGUGGCUUCCCUAUGUACAUGGAUAUGGGGUGGAAAUGACCCCGCAAGUGUAGAUCCCAAACUUUUAACGCCUUACAUAAGAAACAAAUUUCAUCGCACUGAAAAAUCAAAGGAUUGCCAACUAAAUAGGGCUCCGGUUCAGGAAAAUGAAUCUGCACUAUAAAAAAAAACGCUCUUUUUUUGUAAGAUUUACUUUUUCUCUCAAAGAUAUAUUUAUCAGAUGCUUUAGAUAUUUUUGUAAACAUUCAUUUUUACUUAUAACUAAGCUACAAGUUUGCACACCAACUGAACAACAAUAAAAUAAAAAAAAAAAUCUCACUUUA